UAACACCAAAUUCUAAAUAACAAAACCAACCGCAAGUGGUCUUCGGACCCUGCGUGUCAGGUAUCAGUGACGAAUCCAGAAAUUUAUUGACGACAUAGUUAUCAACAAAUACCACAGUCGUGAUAAGUUACAUUAUGUCACAUCCAGACUCGACUUCCCCACCACCAAAGUUGUCAAAGCCGCCCACACUUCAUAAACACAAGUCUUUGUCCACGGACUUUUAUCGUGAAGAGACAUGGCUUAGACGAAAACACAACCACCAGCACCAGAGCCGACAUCAGCUCCAUAGACGAAGCAAGAGCCUAAUAACAAGUGAAGACAUCGACGAGCUCAAAGGGUGCGUUGAUCUCGGAUUCCAUUUCACCUCUGAACCAAACAAGCUCUCCAAGACUUUUCCGGCACUUGAUCUUUAUUACGCUACAUCAUCAUUGCCACCAUCAAGUUCAAACUCAUCGACUACUACAUCUAAUUGUGGCGACUCACCGCCAGAACCUUGUAGCCCCCACAUUGCCUCCACGGCAGCCACCUUAUUCAGUUCAGGGGAGAAUCCAAAGAUGGUGAAAAGAAGAUUGAAGCAAUGGGCACAAGUUGUUGCUUGUGCAGCACGUCAACCAGCAUGUUGCCAAGAAGACACCAAGGAAUGAAGCAAAACUAAUUAAGCAAUUAAUUACCUUUUAUUAUAUAAAUAUAUAUAUUCUUUAUUCAUUCAACCUUAUGUUACUUUGAUUAUACUACUUGUUGCUACACAAACUCAUUUAUAUUUAUAACACUUCGAAUUCAA